AUGUCAGAGAAGAGAGACAGCAUGGUGGGAAAUAAAGAAUCAUGGGCGGCUGUGGAUUUGUCACACUCCCAAGCGCAGGCUAAAAAGAAACAGUGGUAUCACAAAGUUAUACCCGGGACAGUCUAUACGAGAAUCCUCCUGGCGACCAUCAUUACAGAGACUGUGAUUGACUUGACCAUAGAAGCAACCAUCCUCUAUAGGUUCAACGAAGAAGUCAAAUCGACUUCCUCGACCGAUCUUGAGUUGGAAAACAAGCGCCGGUUGCCCAUCUACCUCAUCAUCUUUGGUCUCGCCCAUCUCUGGCAACUGGUCCUCGUCUCCAUCGCCAUCCGCAUGAAGAACACCGUCCAGGUCAUUGCUGUUACCGCCUUCAAUUUUGCCUUUCUCGGCUACGCCAUCAUUCAGAUUUACGAACUGCGCAAAAUCCUUGGCGGAACCAGUCUAUCUGAAGGCCUGAAAGGGAACGACACUGGGUCAACGCUGAUGACCAUUCCCUUGAAUGUGUUGACGGCGUUGAUCAUUGCGGUGGUGGCGGUGUCUUCAGUCGGGCUGUUGGUGCUCUCUGUAUUGCUGCGUCGAGAAUUUGGGCGAGUCUCUCGCAACUGGCAACGCUACCGCUUCCUGGGCGCCGACCUCAUGAUCCGCGAAUACUACUUCAAGUUUCAGAUCUUUGAGUGUAUCUGCUAUUUCGGUGCCUUCUUCUGUGCUGGUUUCGGCAUUCAGUUCAUCUGGCUUGUACUCAACCCGAGUGAUGUCGAGUAUAUCAUCACGUGGAUUGCGUUUCCGCUGUUGAUCAUAUUUUUGGUCAUUGGACGAUACGCCGCCAAGUAUGAGAACGUUUACUUCAUGUCUGCUUUCAUCGUCGGUCUCCUCACCGGAUGCGCCUACUUCAUCUUCAAGCUCGUUCGUAUCUGGCAACAACGGACCACAACCUACAAUCACCUGGAGAAGAGCUUGACCGUGUUUGACGCACUGAGUCUGGCUUCUUUGAUCUCUUGUGCAGUUUGGGGCGGGACGGUAUGGUGGAAUUUCGGAAAGGGGCUGAAGCAGGCUGUCUUGGCUAGGCCAGGGGCGAGAACGUUCUGGGGCGGUGUUGUUGGUUUCUUCUCCAACGACAGUGUUGAAUCUUUACAAAGCAAGGAACAAGAUUUCACUACGUGCUAUCAGGGUAUCGUGGUCGUCAACCUUUCCAUCAUCUCUUCAAACAUCAAAGGCCAUACCAAAAAGACGACGUUCUCCUCCUUUUACUACGUCGGCUAUGCUGUCGGAUGUAUCGUCGGUCCUCAGCUCUUCCUAGCCGAAGAGAAACUCCUCUACCGAACAGCUAUGCGCGCCAUUGCAGGCAUGUACGGUGCCUAUAUCGUCUUGAUGCUCUUGUUCACUUACCUCUGCUGGCGGGAGAACAACCGCAGAGACAAGUUGGCCGAGGAAGGGAUGGAAGAGGCCCAGCCUAAGCAGGCAGCCCACUUGGACAAUCAGUGGGGUGUCAAGGAUCUGAGCUUGAGGUAUGUCCUGUAG